GCUUAGCUUGAGUUAGGAGCCGACAAAUUGGAAUCUACCAGGUCCCUGUCAAUCGAUGGGAAUGUGAACAUCUUCUUAUCGUAUGCGGCUAAUCGUGAGUAGCGGCAAAAGGUCCCUUGUUAAAGACCGUGGGCGUGUAUAUUUUGUGUUUCCCCACACAUCAAUACUUAGCGGACAUCGAUCGGACGACAACACUAAGCUCGUUAUACUAUAUUGAUAUUACAAUCAUCCAACAUACAAAGGUUGCUUAGCGCUAUAUAUUACGUUAUGUCUCAUUAUUAUGGUACCUCGUCCUUGCGGGAUACUAAUACUAUUCGCUUGCUUUGUCUAAUGCCAAGUGAGGCCUUGACUGCCUCUAUAGAAUGCCGACUUCAUAUCUACCCUCUCGAAAAAGCGAACAAGGCAACUCAUAUCUAUCAAGCUUUAUCCUACGUGUGGGGUGUCUCAGAAACACUUCGGUCUGUCUUUAUAGACAAGCAACCUCUGCCUGUCACAGCGAAUCUUCAUGCAGCAUUAUUGCAGCUUCGAGAUCGCACCUUUGAACGGAUCAUAUGGGUAGAUGCUAUCUGCAUCAAUCAAAAAGAUGAAGAAGAAAAAUCGCAUCAGAUCGGGUUGAUGGCGAAAAUUUUCGGUUUGGCGGAUCGUGUAAUCGUCUAUCUCGGAGAGGCGGCAGACGAUAGCGACCAAGCCCUUAAAAUUAUACGUGGUGUAGAAGAUGAGUUGAUGGACCCAUCGAGCAGUAAAGAGAACGAAAAGCGAAUUCUUGAAUUGCUUAAACGACCAUGGUUCCAGCGUAUCUGGGUACUUCAAGAGGUUGGCUUAGCCCGGCGCAUCCUGAUUAUUUGUGGUUCUGCGAGAAUAAAUGGGUAUACAUUCUGCUCUGGUAUUGGAAAACUAAGGUUUCUCGAUGAAGAUCAUUUGGGUUUGCAAAGCCUCGUCCGUCCAACGAUCUACUUGAUAAGAGGAGCAAUAUUUCGGCCAGAAUAUACUUUUGAUCUAUUAAGCGAUAUCUCUUUAGGGGAGCUAAUGGAUAUGUAUCAUUCUCAUAAAGCUACUAUACGUCAUGACAAGGUAUAUGCUUUGCUCAGUAUGAGUUCUGAUGGUCUGAACUCGGCUGAUCUCUUACCUGAUUACAAACUUCCAUGGAAGACAUUAUUGCAACGACUUGUUAAAUUUAUUCUCAAUGAAAAGGUGAAUGUAGAAACGUGGGACGAUAGGGAAAUAUCGAUAAUCAAAAGUUACGGCUUUGUUCUUGGUCAUAUAUCUUCAACAAAGAUUGAUGAUACUCAGUAUCAUAAACAGUAUAUGAAUAUUGUUUUCAACGAUACACCGAUAUCUUUGUGGUACAGGGAGGAGUAUGGUACUACAUGGAUUCUUCAGGCCUCAGCACAAAUAGUACGACCGGGUGACCUCGUCUGUCUUCUACACGGAGCUUCAAAGCCAGCUAUUAUUAGAGCAUGCAAAGACCAUUUUACAAUCAUUAUGAUGGCAGUCACUCUACGACAGCGUAUAAAAGUAGAGAACAAAUAUCUAUCUCAACAACCUUCGGCUUCUACACAUGGAUUCUCAUAUGAUUUUCUACUUGUCUGGAACUGGGAAACGAUUCCGGAAAACUUAAGAUAUCAAGCAAGAUACAAGGAUUCAACUGAAAUCAACAGUUUAGUACCAGAAUAUCUGGAGUCAGAUGAACUCAAAGCAAUCAGGUCAAUUGACAUGGCACUCGCUCUAGGAGGCACGCAAAACUAUGAGAACACACAGACUACAAUGAUAGAUACGAUCGAAGAUUCUGAGCAGAUGCUUGGAAAAGAAAAUUUGCAUCUACUAUCACUAAAAGACGGUCUUGCGUUGGUGCAUAAAAUUCAAGGGCGAUGGAAAGAGGCAGAGAUUCUUUUUCUGGAGGUGAUACAGAUCAGACAAGAUCUCCAAGGGGCAUACCACCCAGAUACACUAAGCAGCAAAGCGAAGCUAGUAGGGACCUAUAUAGAUCAAAAUCAGUGGGAAAACGAAGCAGUAAAGAAUAUGCUGACAAGGUUAACGGAUAAAAUCAGAGACGACAAUCAGAUUGAAGAAGAGAACAUAAUACAGAUUGUAAGAUUAUCACACAAAAACAUAUUGCAUAUUUUAUUGGGUUUGAAACGGGAGAAUGUUAUAGUAACAGAAGAGGUGGUGAAAGCAGUUGCAGGGAAUUCUAGGAGUGGAAAGGAGAUAAUGAUGCUUUUGCUUGAGGAACGAGGAGCAGAAGUAGAAAUUACAGAAGAAGUGGUAAAGGCAGCAGCAGGGAAUUGGAAGAGUGGAAAGGAGAUAAUGAUGCUUUUGCUUGAGAAACGAGAAGCAAAAGUAGUAAUUACGGAAGAGGUGGUGAAGGUAGUAGCAGGUCAGUUUGAUGAAAGGGUGAUGAUGCUUUUGCUUGAGAAAGGAGGGGUAGAAGUAGUAAUUACAGAAGAGGUUGUGAAGGCAGCUGUGGGGAAUGAGAGGAGAGGAGAGGAGAUAAUGAUGCUUUUGUUUGAAAAACGAGGAGCUGAAAUAAAAAUUACGGAAAAGGUAGUAAAAGCAGCAGCAGGGAAUAAGAGUAGUGGAAAGGAGAUAAUGAUGCUUUUGUUUGAGAAACGAUGGGCAGAAGUAGUAAUUAUGGAACAGAUGGUAAAGGCAGCAGCGGGGAAUGAAUAUAGUGGAAAGGAGGUGUUGAUGCUUUUGCUUGAGAAACGAGGAGCAGAAUUAGUAAUUACGGAAGAGGUGGUGAAGGCAGUAGCAGGUCGGUUUGACGAAUGCGUGCUGAUGCUUUUGCUUGAGAAACGAGGGGCAGAAGUGGUGAUUACGGAAGAAGUGAUAAAAGCAGCAGCAGGGAAUUGGAAGAGUGGAAAGGAGAUAAUGAUACUUUUGUUUGAGAAACGAGGGGCAGAAUUGGUGUUUACGGAAGAAGUGAUAAAAGCAGCAGCAGGGAAUUGGAAGAGUGGAAAGGAGAUAAUGAUGCUUUUGUUUGAAAAACGAGGAGCUGAAAUAAAAAUUACGGAAAAGGUAGUAAAAGUAGCAGCAGGGAAUAAGAGUAGCGGAGAGGAGAUAAUGAUGCUUUUGUUUGAGAAACGAGGGGCAGAAUUGGUGAUUACGGAAGAAGUGAUAAAAGCAGCAGUAGGGAAUUGGAAGAGUGGAAAGGAGAUAAUGAUGCUUUUGUUUGAAAAACGAGGAGCUGAAAUAGAAAUUACGGAAAAGGUAGUAAAAGUAGCAGCAGGGAAUAAGAGUAGCGGAGAGGAGAUAAUGAUGCUUUUGCUUGAGAAACGAGGGGCAGAAGUAGUAAUUACAGAAGAAGUGGUAAAGGCAGCAGCAGGGAAUUGGAAGAGUGGAAAGGAGAUAAUGAUGCUUUUGCUUGAGAAACGAGAAGCAAAAGUAGUAAUUACGGAAGAGGUGGUGAAGGUAGUAGCAGGUCAGUUUGAUGAAAGGGUGAUGAUGCUUUUGCUUGAGAAAGGAGGGGUAGAAGUAGUAAUUACAGAAGAGGUUGUGAAGGCAGCUGUGUGGAAUGAGAGGAGAGGAGAGGAGAUAAUGAUGCUUUUGCUUGAGAAACGAGGGGCAGAAGUUAUAAUAACGGAAGACAUACUCAAAGCCGCCGCUACAAGUGGGCAAGAACAAGUUCUCCAUAUUAUCGACACACAUCUGAAGAUGCUAUCAUCUCGGGAAAAGUGGUUCAUGGUUGCUCAAUUCUAUAACGCAUCUAAAUGUGGAGAGAAAAAGAAAAUUCAAAGUUUGUUAAAGCGAGGGGUCGAACCGGACCUUCCAAACCCUAGGAAGGUGACACCUCUCUGGAUCGCUACCAGGUAUGCUCAUAUCGAGGUAGUCCAAUUACUCCUUGAGACGAAAUCGGUCAAUGUCAAUGUCAGGAGUGUUGAGGGACGAUCGCCUAUCUUUUGGGCAGCUGCACAUGGAGAUGAAGAGAUGUUUAAACUCCUGUUAAGCGCAGGCGCAGAUCCAACCUUUGUGGGUACUGACGGUAAUACUGCGCUUCUGGUUCCUAAGCGAUAUGGACAUCGUAAGAUCGUGGAGAUGUUAAGUGCUUGGAAGCAAACUUAAAGCUUCUUAGUACCUUACAUUUCCACAUCCGAGACCCUUCCUUUUUGACCAAAAUACAGAGUCAACGUUCAUUACGAUAAAUAUGUUAUAGGACAUACCGCAACAUUCACAUUACACAAUGAGUUUAGCUCAUUGCUUAAUAAACUAGGUUUCGGUGUGUCCUAGGGUGUAGUGUAGUUUUGGGAAUAUGAGGCUAUUCUACAAUCAACUGACUCAUAUCGUAAACAGCCCUUGGUCACCCACUACACUACAAUUUCAUCAGUUUUAUCAAUUUCAUAUAGGAUUUCAAAUUCAAUUUAUUCAAUUGCA